CUCACAGACAAUUCUUCUUCACGUAUUUCAGACCACAUUGAUGCCAUUGGAGACAGACCUCUUCGCGAUGUCUUAAAGAAAAUUGAAGAGUGGCCUGUGACCAACAGCAAAUGGGAAGCUCCCUCGUGGCCAAUUGAGGAACUACUUGGUGCCCUCCGGGGAAACUACAACCUUGGUAUUGUUGUCGAACAGUGGGUUGGUCCUGACGAUAAGAAUUCAUCAAUGAACAUCAUACAGCUUGAUCAAAUGCCAUUAGGUCUCCCAAGUCGCGAAUAUUAUCUCAAAGCCAGUAGCGAGCGAGAAAGAAAGGCUUACCAUAAACUGAUGGUAGAGAUCGCUGUUCUACUGGGAGCUGAAAAGAAGCAUGCUGAAACAGAAAUGGAGGAUGUUUUAAACUUCGAAAUCAGACUCGCCAAUGCUACAAUACCCGAAGCAGACCGCCAUGACGCUGGCGCCAUCUACAACAAGUUGACAGUUCAGGAACUGAAGAAUCUUGUUCCAAAAUUUUCGUGGUUGAACUACCUCAACAACGUCUUACCUCUUAAAGUUGACGAAAUGGAACCAGUUGUGGUCUAUGCACUUCCGUAUUUCAAACAGAUGGGUCAAAUCCUAGCUGAAACCCCUCGAAGAGUCGUACAUAAUUACGCCAUAUGGCGUUUGGUCAACGACAUUAUACCUUACCUGAACGGAGAUUAUGCGCUGAAGCUUUCGGAGUUUCGGAAAGUUCUGUUAGGGGUCUCUGCUAACAGAGUGAGAUGGAGCCAGUGUGUGGACUUAGUAAAUAAGAAGUUAGGGAUGGCCGUAGGAGCGAUGUUCAUCCGGGAUAAUUUUGACCCAUCUAGUAAAGAAACGGUACAUACUUUUAAAAAUAAAAAUCAAAAGACACCGACGUUUAAAAUUAAAAUUAAAUAA